UCAACAUUCAAUUCAACACCUUCUUCUCCCACCACCGCUUUCUCUCUCUAAAAAACACAAUACUAAUUCCUCAUUAAAAUGUGAAUUCAUUGAUUCAUAUACAUACAUACACACACAUUCAUUAUAAUAAUAAUAACAAAAAAGAAAAUCCAAUUUAUUUAUUAAUUGAAAGAAAGAAAGAAAGGAGAAAAGAUGCCAUUCAGUAGAUAUCAAAUUAGGAAUGAAUUCAGUUUAGCUGAUCCGGAGCUAUACAAAUCAGCAGAUAAAGAUGACCCAGAAGCUUUACUUGAAGCUGUUGCCAUGGCUGGUCUUGUUGGUGUUCUUCGUCAACUCGGUGACCUUGCUGAGUUUGCAGCAGAGAUAUUCCAUGGUUUGCAUGAAGAAGUGAUGGUAACUGCUGCUAGGGGUCAUGGUCUACUGGUACGUGUUCAACAGGUUGAGUCAGAUUUCCCUGCAAUCGAAAGGGCAUUCCUGUCCCAAACAGGCCAUUCGGCAUUCUUCUCCAGUUCAGGUAUUAGUUGGCAUCCUCAUCAGCAAAUGGAGCAGAAUCUUAUUACCAAAGGAGAUUUACCUCGGUUUGUCAUGGAUUCUUAUGAAGAAUGUCGUGGUCCACCUCGGUUAUUUCUUCUAGACAAGUUUGAUGUUGCUGGUGCUGGGGCAUGCCUAAAACGUUACACUGAUCCAUCAUUUUAUAAAGUGGAAACAUCGCCCUAUGAAAUGAUGAAUGGAGAAGCUCAAAGGGACAAAAAAGCCCGUAAGGCAAAGAAAAAGGGACCGCGAUGGAAACAUGGAGAGAUGCCUGAGGUUUUCCAGCCGUCAAGUGUCAAACUCCAUCAAUUACUCCUUGAGGAGCGUGUGCAAAAUGGUGCAAGUGAACCUGCACGCCGUGUGAAACUAAAGAAAAGAGAAAUUAAAUUUCCGUUUGAUACGGAAACUGGAAAAGGGUACAUGGAACAGUUGUUAAAUUCUCCACCUGAGGAUAAGCUUGUUCACGAGGUUUCUGUUAGUUACUCGCCUCCAAGAUUGGCUACCAAUAGCUAUAAUGAAUCAGGGCCUGAACCACUUGAAGUUAGAGGGGUUCAUUCGCCUUUAGUAAGUCCAUAUGAAUCUCCGAUUGUAGAUAAGGCCGUCUCUAGGGAACAUCUUGAAAAUGCCAUGGAGGAUGUACCCGAAAUGCAGGUUUUAGACCUUUCAACUUCGAGUAUAAAAUUGCAAUCAGGGGGGGACAGUUUUGGAAUUGAGGAGGCGGACGUAGAAGAGAAACAAGUAUCUGUUUAUGCAGAACACAAAGAUGACAGUAUUGAAGAUGCGUACCAAUCUGAUGAUGUGGCAAGUGAGACAGAUAACUACAUGGACGCUCUUGCUACCAUGGAAUCAGAAGUUGAAACAGAUGCUGAACUUAAAGCUAAUUCUGGUCCAACCAAAAUUCAGCUUCAGUCACAAUCAUCAGAGUCUCAAUCUGCAUCAGAUGAUGAAAAUAGCCCAAUUAAAAAGAAAUUAACAAGUUUUUCAUAUUCUGAUGCUGCAAGCUCUUCAGCAGAGAGUAUGUCUCCGCAUGGUGUAGACUCUUCUCAAGCCUUUGGAUCUACUGAGAUCCCGUUCCGUCCACGAGUUCCGCCCAGCCAGGCCUCUGAUAAUUGCCUUGAGAUGAGUGAUAUGACGAGUCAAAAGUCAGCAGCAGAUGGAGCCUUGUCUGUGGAUCAAGGAUCAAUUUUCAGAGGAGGUACUUCCAAAGAAUCAGAUCUGAGUGAAACAUCGGCCAGCAGUUGUGUAGGUCUUGAUAGGGACCAAAAAAUUGGAGAAAUUGACAUUGACCCUGAAGACAUUAUAGCCUCCUCAUCAUUUGUUGGAAAUCCUCAAAUUGAAGAAGAUAUUGAGGAUGAUAUAGACAAUUCUAGCAGUAUAGCUAGUUUCAGGGGUGGGAUUCAAACAGAUGAAGAGAUAAUAGAUGAUGUUCAUGAGAGCAAGUCUGAUCCAGCUGAUGCUGACAUGUCGUAUUCUAGUGAUGAUGAAAGAGAAUUCAAAGAUAGAGAAACAAUAUCAGUUUUCUCAGAAAGUAAAGCUGAAAAUGCUGCUGUUUGUGAUCCCGUGGAUGAUUGCAAUGGAGAUGAUAAUCUUCAUACUCUUGAGGAAGAAAAAGAGUUGGAAGAAGAACCUGAAUCAGUUAAUUCAGAAACAGAAGAUUUGAUUCCUGUCACCAUUCAAGAUGAUGUCAAUAUUCAUGAAAGUAAGGUUCUUUCUACUUGUGACGACAUAGAAUUAGAUAACAACGAAGAUAAUGAUCUCUCUACUACGGAGGAGCAUGCUGAAAAUGGGUUGGUCAUCGAUGAGUCUGCUAUUGCUCAAAAUUCUCUUGAAUCUGCUGAAAAGAUGCCGAGUGAGCAACCAAUUGUAUCUCCAGAAUUAGACUCCAUGCCAUCUGACUCUUAUAAUAACCCAGAAAUACAAUUUCUUGAAAGAGUAGAUAACACUGGGAUUGCAUAUGAUGUCGAUAACCCAUGUGAAGAUAUGGAAUCAUCUGAAUCUGUGGAACAGAAGGAAUCAAGUGAGCAGUCAGUGGUCCCCAUUCCUUAUGCAUCGUAUAAUCAUUCAGAUAUACAGGAUCUUGAUACCACUCCUAAAUCAUCCAUAUAUCUGAAUGGUGAUGUAAAUGAAAAUGAUGUGGAUAACCAAUCUACGAAGUUAGAACUCUUGCAGGAUGAAACCCUUUUUGUUAUGGAAAAUGUAGAUCAAAAUGUACCUAACAGCGAAUCUAAUGCCAAAUUAAUUGACAAUGCUCCUGACUCACCCGUGUCAAGUGAUGCCCGAGAAUCUAACUCCCUGGACCAAGAUGUAGAAUCCGAAUCUGCAAAGUUCGUUGAUCAAGUUGUAGAGUCUAAAUCUUUGGAUGAAGAUGUAGAAUCUAAGUCUUCAAAAUUUGCUGAUCAAGAUGUACGAACUAAAUCGUUGGACCAUGAUGAUCAAAUUGACGAACAUGAAGCUGCAUCAUCUAUCUGUAAUCACUCUGUUUCUACUGAAGAAAAGGCUGGCCAACCUGAAAUGCAAUCAAUUCAGUUGGAAAAGAUCGACUCUCAGAAUCAUAUAGAUCGAGAAACUUAUAUUGAUAAUCAUCCUGAUUCUGACCCGGUUGGCCAUGAAAGCUAUUGUUUAGAUCAAGGUGACGAGUUUCAAAGGUCAUUUAUGGCAGAUUUAUCACAGUUGAGCGGCCAUGUUAACCAAUCUGGUUUCAACAUGCUUCCACAAUUAGCUCCAAUCAACAUAGAGGAGAUGCCACCAUUGCCACCUCUUCCACCUAUGCAAUGGAGGAUGGGAAAGCCUCAAAAUUGUUCCUUAACUUUGAGCUCAGAUGGCGGUUUAAAUAGUAUUCACCACAUCCCACCAUCUUUCCCCCAAAUUGAGAGCCACCUGCCGGUAGAUCAGAAUGAAAAUGCAACAAAUGAUAAAUCUGAACAUGAUAAUAAAGUUUUUAACUCAGUGGAAGAUGGUAACCUAAUUGUAUCAUCGGAAGUGAAUGUAGUGAAAUUGGAAGAAGUUAUCCCACAACCAGCGUCUGCUAGGGAACAAUUUGGAAAAGUUUCAACUUCUGGACGAGACAUCAUAAGGCCAUCAAGCACGUCUUCACUUCCUCCACUUCCUCCAGGUGAUGAUAAGAUGCCAAACGGUAUUCGUCCUAUGAAAGUGCAGAGGCCUCGUACUCCUCUCAUUGAUGCAGUUGCUGCUCAUGAUAAAAGCAAGUUGAGGAAGGUCUCAGAAAGAGCGAUGCCUCCAGUCCCAAAGGAAGAGGAAAGAGACACUUUACUGGAACAGAUACGUAUGAAGUCCUUCAACUUGAAGCCAGCUGUCCAGACUAGGCCUAGCAUUCAGGGUCCUUCAACCAAUUUGAGGGUAGCUGCCAUUUUAGAGAAAGCAAAUGCAAUUCGCCAGGCCUUUGCUGGAAGUGAUGAUGAUGAAGACGACAAUGAUAGUUGGAGUGAUUCAUGAGACAUUGGCUUGAUGCAAAAUAUGAGGCCUUCACCCACCAUUGUACUUAAUACCUUUGGUUUACGAGUAAUUAUGCUCUUGAGUUCUAUUAAUAGGAAGUUACAAUAAGCUGUAUAAUAUGUUUGUUCGGUCAAUGUAUCAUGUAUAGAUUUCUACGUCUCUAGUACUGUAGUUUUAGUGGAUUUUUCUUCCAAUGGAUGUUACUUAGGUUUUACUCGAUAGGUGCAAGCGUGUAGUUUCUCUCAGUUUUUCUCUCGUCAAUUGUGUUGGCUGUAUAUGGAGAUUUUGAGCAACACCAAGUAUGAACUAUGUUUGUGCUCAAGUUCAAUAGCAUAUCUAAAAGGGUAUAUAUUAUGAGUUAAAACUA